UGAAAAUUCAAGGAAAGCUUUGCUUGACAAAGCUAUGAGAGUUAUCUUCCCAAUAGCUGCAUUAUCGCCUACUGUAGUGGUUAAGAAGAGAUUGUGAGAGAGUAAAACCAAGAGAGGAAAAGAGAGCGAAAGUUCGUUCGAAAGUGACCGAAAAGGAGCCAGAGUGCUAAACUUUUAACGCUGCCCUUGCCAAAAAAAAAACCUUUCAAUUCGCUCCCUGCUUUACCCACAUCCCCACGCUCGCCAUUGUUGUCACCUAGGUCGCACGCCCGCCGCGGGGCGUUAUUAUGCAGAAGAAGCCACCAUUGCCGUUGACGGCAUUCAUUGGCGGCCCCACGCUCAUACCCGCCUCCCAAUCGGCCACCAGUUCGAGCAGCAGCAGCAGCCUUGGCAGUGGAAUGUGCUUCCCCAGCAGUAAAAGUGGUAGUGGCAGUGGUGGUGGCACCAGCGGCGGCGGAAGUAGCGGAGAAAAACAGCGCGAUCGCCAUGGUGGCGGUGGAGGAUUGUGUGGCUGCCACAAGGCGCCUAAGUCACAUUGCAUAUCGGCGACAGGCGUCCUCCUGCUCGUACUACUCUACACCGCUAUGGGCUCCAUUAUUUUCGUCACACUGGAAGGUGAACUGGAGGACACCAGUUCGCUAGAGACAGCAGUGGCGGCGUCGAAAAAAUUUCCACGCACCGAGCUGGCCAACGAGCAAAUAAGAUCGCGCACCGUUGAUCGCUUGUGGUCCAUUACCGAAGAUUUGAAUAUUUUAUAUAAGGAGAAUUGGACGCGUCUGGCAGCACAGGAGGUGCAACAUUUUCAGGAGACCCUACUGCGCGCCGUACGUCAAUCGAAACUUUAUCCACCCGGCGAACAAAUGAAUCCACCUACACACAAGUGGACUUACGCAUCGGCGUUUCUAUAUUCAUUAACAUUAAUUACAACAAUAGGUUACGGCGGCAUCUCGCCGCGCUCUCAAUGGGGCCGCAUUGCCGCUCUCAUCUACGCGCUCUUCGGCAUACCCAUCGUCCUGCUCUACCUAUCCGCCAUGGGCGAGGGCCUCUCCGCCGGCAUGCGCUGCCUUUUCCGCAAAGCGCGCUCCAAAAGCGCUGUCAGCAGCGGAAGUGGUGGCGGCAACAACGGCAGUGGCGGCAGCGGGAACGGCGGCUCCGGCAGCGGCAAUGGCAAAUUACCAUCAAACGACAGCGGCAAGAGCGCGAAUAAAAAUUACCAUCAUGGCAGCGGGAAACUCCACCCUGCCACUGCGCACCACUACGGACUACCGAAGUCCGCAUAUCAUCACAGCGGCUCCAUGUCUAUGGGCGCUCAUUCCUCGGCUCACGGCCCCAGCGUGCCCAUAUCCAUUUGCGUCAUGGUGCUGGUCUGCUAUGUCACCUCGGGCGCGCUGCUCUUCCACAAGCUGCAAAACUGGAGCGUUUUGGAGGCGCUCUACUUCUGCUUCACGUCGCUGGGCACCAUCGGCUUCGGCGAGCUGGCGCCCACCGGCAAUCUCACACUAUAUCUUGCUUCCGCGUACAUACUUGUCGGCAUGGCGGUGGUGGCCAUGUGCUUCAGCCUCAUACAGACGGAGAUUGUUAUGUGGCUGCGCAAGUUCAGCGUGCAGGACCACGUGAUGCCGCAGGUCGAGGAUGUUGCACUCGUCUCGGUGGCGGUUACGCCGAAAUCAUCUUGACAACGACCGGCUGCUGAGCUGCUUGCUUUCGGCGCUGGUGGCGGCGGCAAUGCCAACUCGAACGUACAACAACCACUCGGUGGCUUCGGUGGCAACACACUGGGGCAUCAUCAGACAAUGUUCUUCGGGCCGGCGCAUACGCUCACGCAGUAUAGCUCACUACCGCGGCGUUCAGCGGUCUCAGCUUUCCAGCGCAACACGCCCAUACGCCGCUCCACCGGCAUACCUGAACAUCACAUGGAGUAUUUUGUGCCGCGCAGCAUAAGCGAGUUCAAUUUGUCGGGUGUCGGCGACCUGGCACUGCCCCCACCGCGGCGCUACUCACCCACCAUACAGCACGGCGGCGGCAUGGGAAUGGGCGGUGGUCUACCGCACGGAUUGCAGCUGGGGCCGCCGCAGACUCUCAUUUGUACUGGACAGCCUCCGCCGCCGCCACAGCAAAUGCAGAUACUGAUGAAGCCGCGUGAGAAAAUGGUCACCUUCGAAGACGAAUCGAAGGCUAUGAAUGCAGCGGCGGCUGCAGGCGUGACUACAUCAAACGCCAGCACAGCGACGCAUUGUCCACACGGCGUGCCAACGACGCCGCGAAAGGCGGGCGGCAUGAUUGGCGGUGGCGGCCGGGACGUCUUUAUGUGACGCGAAUCGUUGCGGUGACCAUUCAGCCUGCUGCUGAGCGACAAGUCUAGUGAUGACGCGGCGGCGGCAGCGGCAUAUGCGGCGGUAGAUGCAGCCACUAUGCUGGACGACGGCAUUGGUGGGGUUGAUGAGGUCACAGCAACAACGGGCACUUCCACGGCGACGGUGACGGCGGGCACGAGCACACUGAUCGCCGGCUUAGACAGUGACAACGAGGAGCGCGACUCGCCGACGGGCAGCCUUGGCGAGCUGCCAACCAAGCCGAAGUCGACACCAGGCGAUGUGAUACGCGUGUGAGUGGAAUGCGGUGCAGCGGGCGGUGCGGCGGUUUUUUGUACUAAGCUCAGAGAGUGGACACUCCAUUUAACAAUUACCAGACUCAAUAAAAGCCAUUAAACACAACAACCGUUAUUUUUUUGUUUACCUCGCACGUAGCCCGAUAAAGUUCACUACAAAAAUUGACAGCGUGAAUUCUCAAAGUGUCUGCCGAAGCAAGCAAAAACGCAAGAAAUUUGAGAUGUAUUGCAUGUGAACAGUGUAAAGUGUGAAGUGAAUAUCAAACUAAAGACACAAGCACGCAAAAAUACGCACACACACACGCUUACGAGGUACUUGUGCUAGAUGCGUGGAGAAGAAUAAGCUGACUUUCGCACUUUCUCUGCUGUGUACUAAGAUGGUAAGCAUCGAACCAACGAUGAAAAACUUGUAUCACCCAAAAUACUCGUACUUGGCAAAUAAGUGUUUUUCUUUGUCGCAAAAUAUCUACAAAAUUCAUAUCCAAAGAGGAUUUUUAUUUGCCUUCAAAUGCUUGCUGCAACAGAUAAUACCUCAAUAAUACUGCCCUCUGUCUACGCACAUA